AUGUCUGUGGCUCGACUCUCUACCGAGGAUAACAAUCGGGAGUCCAAAAAGGCCAAGAGGGGAGCUUCACUUGUGCUGGGAUUCUCGGACGAAAAUAAGAUCAGAACCAUCCAACCCAACGACGAUACUCUGGUAGUUACACUCAGGAUUGGGGGAUUUGAUGUGAAGAGAGUACUGGUAGAUCAAGGCACUGUUGUGGAAGUAAUGUACCCCGACCUGUACAGGGGGCUGAAUUUAAAACCUGAAGACCUGACGGCGUACGAUUCCCCUUUGGUAAGUUUCGAGGGGAAGACCGUUACUCUAAGGGGCCAGAUCAGAUUGCCCAUACAGACCGAUUUGGACGUGGUGGAGGUGGAUUUCAUCAUAGUCGAUGCCUAUUCACCCUACACAGCUAUUGUGGCUAGACCUUGGCUUCAUGCCCUAGAGGCUAUCUCUUCUACACUACACCAAAAGGUGAAAUACCCGUCGAAGGGCCAAGUUAAAGAGAUUGUGGGGAAUCAGACCAUGGCCAGGCAGUGCAUGGUGGCUGCCAUCUCACGCCGACCCAAUGUUAAGCCCUCGACCUCUACUGGAAAUAGCUUAUAG